AUGUGCUUUCUAGAUGUGGUAUGUAUCAAUCAAGUUGACCCUCAGCUGAUGCAGCGUGGGAUCUAUGGCUUAGGAGGCUUCUUGGCCGCCAGCGCAGAGUUGCGAAUUUUGUGGAGCCCGCCUUACUUGUCCAGGUUGGCCACGCCUGCCAGUGUUUUCGACAUGUCAAGUAAGAAAAGCAUGCGGUCCGCUUUGGUGCAGCGUACAAUUCUGGACCUCCCCGCGGUGUACGUGGGCUGCAUCCUCCUCAUGGUGGCCAUGGGUAGGUGGCAGUGUGCUCAGCCUUUGGUGUUGCCUCAGUCGCACGCGGCCUUCGGGCCAAGUUUCAGUUGUGGCCUUUACGGCCUGCUUUUGACGCUAGUUCUCUUAGGGGAGCUUUUCUGGGAAGUUUUCCGCUUCUGGGUGCGGUGGAAGCACCUCCAGUCCAAGGCCUCAGAACUCAGGCCUGUGACAACCGGCAGUGCCCUCAGUGACGUCUGUGACAGCGUUAGUGAAUGCGAGCCUGUUGUUCGUAGCCGCAUGCGCAAUCGCCGCAAGCUCCAGUUUACUUUACGUUGUCCGGAGGGAAGGAAGCUCCAACUCCGUUUCGCCAAGGUCAGGCUCCGUCGUCGUCAACGUCGUGCCGUUUUGUCUCUUUUGUCCCUCGGACUUCCGCCCCGGCCCGUAGGUGCGACUUCUGAGGACACAGUGCGUGACGUUUUGCUUAACCAGCUCAAAGGGGGGCGGGGCAGACGCAAGCCAAAAACCGGGUCAAACAACGACCACGACAGAGCUCCUGACAACCCUGACGAGGACUCCUUGGCGGAUGCCCUUACUUCCUUCUUGGACAAAUGGGCCAAAAAGCCGGCUCGCUCCAGGGAGUCGCCCCGGCCGGCUGGCACUCCCGAACGACAACCUUCGCUGUGCGAGGUCCUGCUCUCGGUGCUGAAGAAGUGUAAGCAAAGUCAGGCCUCGGACGAGGCUACGUUUCAACAGGUGGUGGUUACGGGCUCUUCUCCUAACGCCGUCCAGGAACUGCUGGAACUUCAGGACACGUGGCUGGCCUUUGACUGCAAGCAGCCUUUGACGGUCCUUGCGACCGGAGAAGCGAGGGGCUCAAGAGGCUGUUGCCUCGCCAGGGCCUCACUCCGGCGGGGACCUUUGUCUGCUGGCUUUUCCUGUGAAGAGGUAGGAGUUCUGGUGUUAGGGGAAGAGGGUUACGCUCCCAAGCUUAAGCCAGCCUCCAAAGUCGCUCUUUCGAAGUUCAAGGCUCCAGCCAAAGCCCUGAUUCGGAUCGUGGCGCCGUCCCACUACCGCGCCUGUUGCAAGGAGAGCCGACAGUGGGAUUCCCCUCAAGCCAUCGUGUCGGAAAUGGCACAGUGGAAGGUUGAGGGACCAAGCACUCAGGCCAGUAGUCUCACGGGUGGCAACUGGCAGUGGACAAAACACAAAGGGUCGGAUCAGCUGAUUGGCCACUUGAAAGUCAGUGAAAGUCUUGCCCAGGCCCUGGCCCCUCACAGUGGUCGCCGAGGUAUCUUCAUUUCACUGAUCAAAGAUCUAAAAACUCCCGCGAGGAUAGGAUGGACCCCCAAGCAUGAGGAUGAAGAGCCCGAUGACUAUCUUAGUCGUUGCUCCAGCUUUGCAUCCGCGCGCGGUGCUUCCCUAAAGUACCGAUGCGGAGGCGGCAACGACUUGGGUGUGGUUAGGAAGGAUGGCGAAGCUGAGGAAGUCAGAGCCGUUGUCGUGAACGUGCGGGCCCCAAAAGAUUGGGAGGCGGAGGGCCUCCUCGCCUUUUUGCUUGAGCAAAAGUGGCUCGAGCCUCAGGUCUUGAACAAACGAGGCCAGAGCUGGUUGGUUAAAGGCACGCCGCCUCACCCAGCCUCUACAUGGAGAUACAUCGAUGCUGAGGACCCCAGCAUUACUGUACACGUCACAAAGGCUCAAGGGAAGCCCCCCUCGGUGCGCGAAACUGUGCCGUUGCGUGCUCCCCGUGCGAAGCUCAGUGAAGUGAGCGCUAGGCCUGCUGAGCAGCGCAGAGGCAGAGCUCCUCCGGACGCCGCCACAGGUGCCGGCGCUGGGCCCCGGGCUGGCAAGGACACACAGGAGAUCGGUUCCGACCGGGCUCGGAGCCGCAGUAGAGAAAAGGACACUACUGAGAGUUCCAAAGCCCCCCCUCUGGCUCCAGUUUUUGAUCCCAUGACUGAUGCUCUGAGCAGCGGGUGGAAGAUCAGAGACCUGGGCGGGGACGGGGACUGCGGUUUCCGUAGUCUGUCGGGCGCGAUGCACCACGCCAAGGGCACCCCUUUCCCUGACGAUGUUGCGGUCGACCAAGCUCGCUGUAAAGGUGCUACCAUCCGAACUCAGUGUUUGUCGCACAUCCGUAAGCAUGUCGAUCGCUAUGCUGCCUUCCUCCAACCGGAUGUUGAUGGUGGUGACAUGGAUACUGAGGACUUGGAGAUGUACUUAGGCUCCAUGGCGCACCCUCGUGCUUGGAUUGACGGUAUCAUGAUCCAAGCUGCAGCAGAAAAGUACGGUCAGGUCGUGGUGAUCUGGCACAAGUCAAAGCCGCAGAUGGACGCUGCUGGGCUUGUCACUCAGGCCAACUGGCAGCGAACCACUUUGGCCCCGGACUGGGCCAAGGAUGGGAUGCCUAAAAUGGCAAAAGACAAGUCCCCCAUAGUGCUUAGGCUUGAGAAUGAGCACUACACGUACAUGGUCCCUCCGGAAGGAAGCGAGGCCGUGUUUACGUGGACGGGGCACGACAAGGCCCUUAGCCAGAAACAGCGGCACAUGAAGCUUGUGCACAACACCAGGUUGUCGGCAGUGGGUGGCUCGAAAUCCGAUAAAAUGAAGGACCAAUGGGAAAAGAACCCUCGGCAGUUCAAGUCGGGAGCGGAGGCCACCAAGAAGGCCUUGCUCAGGGCCAAGCAGCUCAAGGACCAGCAGCGUCACGACCUCGCUCACGCCACGUCCAUGGGCCUUUUCCCUUGCAUCAAAAAGACAUGGUUUUGUCGACGGUGCCUGGUUAAGGGCAACACCCGACAGAUCACGGACAAGGCCCUGGCCAAGGCCUGUGACUUGUCCGAACAGAAAGUUGCGGAGUUCACGGAGCAAGCCACCAGGGUGGUUCAGAACGCUCGUCCUCGCAAAGAUGUCCAGUCUGAGGCAACUAGGCGUAGGGCUGCCGCUAGAAAGGCCCAGUGGCGAAAGGAUGAGGGGUACACUGCUGAGCCCGCUUCUCUUCCUGGCAAGCUCAACGCUUCGUUGCAGAUGCCCCGCUUGAAUCUGAAAACCUCCAGUCGCGGAGGUGGCAUCCGCAAGCGGCCUGCCGCUGCUGUGGGCGCUGCCAACGCUGGGGUCGCUGAGUCCCCCCCUCAGAACGGACCGGACUCGUCAUGGCAACGUGACCUUACCGAGGAAGGAGUUGAGCGUCAACCGGGGCCCCAAAGGGAGGCUCGGCGGCGCAGAAAAGCAAAGCGAGCCCUUCCGAUCUUGCUCGUUUGGCAGCUCAAUGUGGCUUCGUUCGCUCUUAGAGGGUGGGACUUGCUGGCCGCUGCGGAAGCCAACAGGGUGGACAUCGUUGUUAUGCAGGAAACUCGCAUGACGUGCGAAGAGGCCGCGCGGGUCAACAACAGUCUCCAGCGAUGGACGUUGUUUCAUCAACAAGAAGAGCCUCCGGAGCAGCGGGCUACUACCGAAGGCGGAGUGGCUGUGGCGGUCCGAAGAGGCAUCCCUGCUGUCAAAGGAGCGUCGCACUGUAGCGGUGCGGGCCAGUGGCUGCGCGUGGCUCUCCCGGGGCUUCAUGUGACAUCGGCCUACCGAAGACAGCUCAGCUACGAAGAACUGGCAGACUACAACGAGUCUCUUUGCGCUGACUUGGCGAGUUUGGGCAAGACGGCUACCAUGACUUUCGGAGACUGGAAUCAUGAUCCUCUUACCGACCCGCUCAAUGUGCAGGCGGCUGGGACCAGAGGUAUGGUGCACUACCCCACCCUGCCCAACCCUGCUGAGGGCGACGAGCCUCAAGAACCUCUCCCCGCCCCGACUCGGUGGGCCUCGAAUCGCUGCAUCGACUGGGCGGUGAGAAGCAACGUUCAAGCCUCAGUUAAGCUCCUGCUCGACAAGUGGUCAGACCACAAGCUGUUGGAAUGGAAUAUCGCGGGUCUCUCGACGGGGGGGCUUCCGAACUUCAAGCUCAGGCAAACUUCGGAUCUGCGUAAACCCGACAAUGUGUCUCAGAAGCAGUGGGAUGAGGUCAUCGACCGCUUGUGGAACAGGUCGGCUCAGGAACGCUGUAGCACCAAUUUGAGCGAGUGGGAACAGCUUUCCAAGGCUGUAGAGGACGUGAUGCGCGAAGCUCUUAGGGAGCUCGGAGCCCAGCGUCGCUUCACGACCAAGAACUACAAAGGUCAAGUUGCUGCUGUAACCCCGGAUGUGCGACACCACAGGCCAAGCCCUCAGGGGGUCCCGACAGUCCGUACUGCUAGGCUGCGUCGUUUCGGACGGCGUGUUGAGCAGUACCACCGGCACCCCGAGCCUGCCCUGUCUCGCAGUGUGCUUAGGGAAGCUGCCUUCUUCGAGUGCCCUUCCUCCCCUCUCGAGCCUGGCUCUCUCUCGGACUUUCGACUGUGGCUUGAGAACGAACUUCGUAGACUGGAAACUGCUCAACGAGACAAGCGUCUUCGGGAGUGGAAGCAGAAGAUGCAACAGGAGGACGGUCCGGUCUGGCGGUGGCUCGCUAAGGCCAAAAAGACCGAGGUUACGUGCGGGCUCAAGGACUCCAGCGGGCAAGUCAUGACGCCCGUGGCAACCAUGCAAACUGUCGAAGCUUUCUGGCGUCGGCAUUGGCCCGGCAGCGAGGACCUGGCUGACAAACUAGAGGUUGUUGAGAACUUGUACCACGAGUUUGGGCUAGGGGACCAGGUCCGGCACCCUGGCAUGCCGCCUCUCUCAGGCAGCGACCUUAAGCGCACCUUGUCACGGCAAAAGGGCAAGGCUGCGGGCCCAGAGGGUUGGAGGCCGGAAGAGCUGUGGAGUUGGCCGGCGCCAGCCUUGGACCUGCUCGCGGCUUUCCUUAACAAGGUUGAACAGGGGAGUAGCUGGCCCAGAGCCCUCAGGCAAUGGCGACAAGUCCACCUUAGUAAACCAAACAAGCCUGCCGGCGAGUUGGGAAGCCUGCGACCCAUCAGCAUCGGUUCAGCCGUCUAUCGGACGUGGUCGGCCACUCGGAUUCGACAGCUCGGGCCUUGGCUUCGGCGUAGGUUCCCAGACCAAGUGCACGGAGCCUUGCCAGGUAGGGGGGUUCACACCGCCUUACUUGAGCCGCUCGCAGAGAUCGAGGCCGCUCAGUGGUCUUCUCAAGGGAGUCUCCGCUAUCUCGGCUCCUCUGACUUAUCUAAGGCCUUCGAUACGAUGCACGGGGCCCUCUCGGUCGGCGCACUAAGGCGCUUAGGAGUGCCGCAACCUCUGUGCGAUGCUUGGCACCGAGCAUGGACCUCCCAAGAGCGGGUGCUCCAACUGGCGGCCUUCUGCAGCCAGGGUGCGGUGACUGAGGUCAUGGCCUUGCCGCAAGGCGACCCGGCGUCCCCGGCUGCCUUGACAGCUCCUCUCGUGGAGUCCCUUCGGCGCAUCCAGAGUAUCUUCGCUGAAAGAAGACAUGGGCGCUCUUUGUUCAGGUUGUUUCUUGACGACAGAAGCUGGUAUUGCGCAAAGCGCAAGACUUGUCUGGACGUCGGCCGAACGUGGCUUCAAGAAGUAUCGGUUUGGGGUUUGGGGGAGAACAAAUCCAAAGCGGAUUUCGGCGUUGUGGGUUCGGCUCAGGCGCGCCGGCGCAUGCAAACCGAGCUGCGCCGUCGCGAGCAGGUGGGGGAAGUCAAGCUUCGCCCGCGCCUCCUGGGCUCUCGCGUGCACACGAACAGGGCGCACAGCAAGCCACAAGGAGAAGAGCGUGACCGGCUCGUUGAAGCCAAGAAGAUGGCAGCCUGGGGUAGUCACCUGCCCUGCGACCAGGCCCGAAAGGCCUACUUCCUCAAACAGACUGCGGUGGCUAAGGCUGCGGCUCCCACGUACGUGAGGCUGGAGGAGGUGGAUGCAGAGGCAUGGGUGGAGCGAGGCCGGCAGGAGAGAGGCAUUCGGCUAAGGGAGCAAAACAAAGAUGCCAUCAACCACGCCUUGCGUGACGCUUGGAGGGCUCGGUGCUGGGUCACGUGGCUGGCGCAGGGCUCUAACCGGGCCAGGCCGCUGGCCGCUCUGUCUUGGCCCCAGGCGGUCAUGGUGGGACACAUGGUGUCCCCAGCGGCAUUCCACGUAAUGUCCAGUCCGCAGGCUGCUAUGAUCCCCUGCCCCUUCUGCGGGUCUCAGGAGGCGCCGGACUUCGAGCACGUGAUGUGGGUGUGUGAGUACUUUAGACCGGUGCCAGCAGUGCGGCAAGAGCGCCUCGUCAGGGCGAACCUCUACCGCACCAGCAACUACUACUACAGGCUUUGGUGCAUCUUCGAGCUUGCUGCGUUCCGGAAGGCGAAUUCAUCAGGACGUACUGUGCUGAAGCCCCUCUACUUGGAGGUCGGCCUGCUUUAUGUGAUCCUUGCGAACUAUAUUGUCGUUCUGGUCGAAGAAGCGAGAGUUAGGUAUGCAGAGGACGAAGCCUGGGAUGUGGAUGGCUGGUGGGUUCUAGCACGUGUCUCUAUUUCGAUUCCCUAUGCCCUGCUGCUUCAUGGCUUGCGCCGGCUCUGCCACGAGAAACGCCAUCUCAUUGAGAAUAUCAGAAGAUUUGAAUUGGCAAAGGUGAGCUGCCGCCUCAAGAGCGACAGAGAUUUCAUCUAUGCUGGCAUUCGUGAGUGGUAUGGAAGCGAGGAGGCAUUCGAGCAAUAUGUGCGAGGCACGCUCUACGACGAACUUGUCCAUCCGUUUCGGAGAUCAGACUUUCCAGCUGUGUAUUGGCUUAUGGCGAUGACGACGUUGUUUGCAAACCAAGUGGAUAUUUGGGUGACCAACUAUAGAAACACAUCUUCAGUCUCGUCAGGUCUUUAUCAGUUCCGACGAUUUCUGGCGCUUGUCGUUGCAGACCCUUUGACAGGCAUAAACGGUAUGAGCUAUACCUUCUUCCUGUGUGACUAUUUGGCACGCCCUGCAGCAGGAAUGUGUGAUUACGGAAAGACUGUGCUGGUUUGGUCUGUGCUCAUGCUCGGUACCUAUGGGUGGCUGCUCCAGUCUGAUAUCAUGGCCGCCUCGGAAAGAAUUGAGGUCACUAUUGCCAUUUGUGCUGCUCAAGCUGUCGCCUACGUCUUUCUCAGGUGCUUGGUGGGUGCAAAGAUGAGGAUGAUUUGA